CAUCUUCAUUGAAGAGCAUGGGUUCUGAUAAAUCGGAGUCUGAAUCAGACCUGGGUUCUGGUCUUUUGUUCAGCUCCGAAUCAGAUUUUAUAGCAGGAAAUGAGAAAAGUUUGGGAUCUGGAAAAGAAGCAGGGACUUCCAUUCAUUACGGAUGGUUAGAUAGAGGAGCCAGUGCAGGGUCUAUGAAGAAUGAGCAAAAACGGAAGUUUACAGAGAAAACGUCUCCUAAUAGAGUAGAUCAGGAUCAAAAUCUGGAUUCUGCUGCUAAAACACCCAACAAUCAGAACAACAUAAACAAUAACACUCGCAGGAAUGAUUUCAAUCUGACAUCUUAUAAAACUCCAGAAGACUUCAUACCUUUAAAUUUAAACGGCAGUYUUGCCCAGGCUGCUGAAGUGUCUCAGAGCAAUCAGCAGCUAAAAGACUCUCAGAUGCCUAAUGAGGAUAUUUUACCUAACAUGCUAAAGACUGAGCAAGUUCCAGUUCUUAACCAGACCCUAUCUAUAACAGAAACUCAAACCCACAAUCUGUUUAUUGCCCAAUCCAAAACCCAUAAUAACAGACCAGAAUCUAACUCCGCACCCACAGAAACCCAACUUCAAAUAUCUAGUGAAACGUUAAGAGAGAAAGCUUUAACUGGUCAAACUGCAGAGGUGUUGGCUGAAAACCACACAGAAGUUAAAUCCAAACCAGUUAUUGAGUCAUCCCAAUGCUUACUCAUAGAUACUGCUCUUCCUUUCUGCUUCUCGAUGGAGGGGUUUGCUGUUCCCAAUUAUCUCAACCAGAGCAGUGUGGAGGAAGUCCGAACACUUUUGAAUGAAUGGGUAUGGCUUCUACAGUCUCGCUGCCAUCCUAGCUUGGAGCGUUUUUUCUGCCUUCUCUUGGUACCAAAGUGUGGCUCUGGGGCAGCGCCACCUGUGUUGCCCUGCCAGAGUUUCUGCGAGGUGUUGCGAGACAGUUGCUGGACGCUGCUGGAUGAGGGACACCUCCCUGUGGAGUGCCACUCUCUACCAGAUGAGGAGGACGAAGGGUAUCAGUGCUUGUCARUUAGUAACCGGAAAGAAGACAACAGCGUCUCACUGUUGGAGCUGAUUGGAGAUCCUCCUCCAGAUGAAAUCCCCAAGGUUGAAGGACCGAACAACAACCCCGGCUACCUCUUUGGUCCAGACACCAACACGGGUCAACUGGCUCACGCCCACUUCCCAGGCUCAUUCUACAGAAACUUUGCCCUCAUCUUCAACAUGAAACCCACGUCUGACAACGGUGGAGUCCUCUUCUCCAUCACAGAUCCCUCACAGGAGAUCAUUCAUGUGGGGGUUAAACUUUCAGCUGUGCGGGGAGCCAAACAGGACAUUAUUUUUUAUUACACUGAACCGGGCUCAGAGCAGUCCAAAGAAGCAGCCAGGUUCCAAGUGCCCUCCAUGACGAACAUGUGGAACUGGUUUGCUAUUUCUGUGAAGGACGACAAGGUGAUGUUGUACCUUAACUGUGAUGGAGAAACUGAAGUGAAAAGCAUUGAGAGGUCCACGGAUAAUCUGGAUCUGGAGCUUGCUGCUGGGGUCUUUGUUGGUCGGACUGGAGGGUCUAAACCUGACAAGUUUGAGGGAGUGAUCAGUGAGCUGAGGGUGGUGGGAGACGCCCGCCCUGUCGAGAGGCUCUGUGAGGAAGACGAAGAUGACUCAGAUGUGGCUUCAGGAGAAGGAAGUGGCAAUGAAGAAACCAGACUCUCAAACCAUUAUAGGGACAAGCCCAGAUACACGACUUCGUCUCCGUCYUUUCCGCCCAUCCCGCAGCCGCCUCUGAGGAUAAAAGGAGAGGAUGCCAGCAUCAGAGAGACUGCUGGAGACUCGGAGCACUUUUUAGUUUCAGCUGAAUCCAGACGACUUGGUGCAGCAGGUGCAGUUGCUACAAAAGGAGCGAAGGGCGACAAGGGUGACAAAGGAGAGAAAGGAGACCGAGGUCCAAUUGGACCGAAGGGAGAAUCGGGUUCUGCCUCCCGUUCACAGGGGGCAAACCGUGGAGACAAGGGAGAACCUGGUGAAAAAGGGUCAAAGGGCAACGCAGGGUUUGGAUAUCAGGGCAAAAAGGGCGAGCCUGGCCUUCCAGGACCCCCUGGGCCCCAGGGCCCCCCAGGACCUGCGACUGAGUAUUCAGUUGGAAGUGAUGGAUCGGUUGCUUCAAAAGUGCCUGGACCUCAAGGACCACCUGGACCACCAGGCCCCCAGGGACCUCCUGGAGAAGAUGGAGAACCAGGGGAUCCUGGUGAGGAUGGAAAAACAGGCCCUCAGGGACCACCAGGGUUCCCAGGAACCCCAGGUGACCCUGGAUCCAAAGGAGAAAAGGGUGACCGUGGAGAGGGUCAACCAGGUCCCAGAGGACCCCCAGGACUUCCAGGUCCUCCAGGACCAGGAUUCAGAUCUACUUUUGAGGACAUGGAGGCCUCUGGAUUCUCAGAUCUGGAAAAGGUUCAGGGACCUCCCGGUCCACCAGGCCCCCCUGGACCACCAGGUCCUCCUGGGUCCCCUGUAUCAGGCCCAGCAUUGAGUUCUGGAGCAUUUGGGCCUCCAGGCAAGGAUGGAGCACCUGGUCAACCCGGCUUACCGGGUCUACCGGGUGCUGAUGGCCUCCCGGGAGCACCUGGGCCCAGGGGAGAAAAGGGUGAUUCAGGGGAUCUGGGACUUCCAGGAGCAAUAGGAGAAAAGGGAGCUCCUGGUCAGCCUGGAUUACCAGGACCACCAGGUGAGACCGGACUGGCUGGUCUUCCAGGACCCAUGGGACCAAUUGGGCGUCCUGGACCACCGGGUCCCCCAGGACCAGGUUAUCGUGUUGGAUUUGUGACAUGGAGGGGUCCAGUGGAAGUCCCACCAGUGGACUUACAGGCAUCAGAGGACCAGAAGGAAUUCAGGGUCCGCCAGGUUUACCAGGACACCCAGGUAAGCCUGGUUUGCCUGGUWUACAAGGUCCAAAGGGGGAUCAGGGUCCGUCUGGAAAAGAUGGACUACSGGGCCUGGACGGCUUCCCUGGACCCCCGGGUCAAAAGGGUGACAGAGGGGACAGAGGAGAGAGGGGUGAGCCGGGUCGAGAUGGAACUGGAUCACCAGGUCUACCAGGUCCACCUGGACCACCAGGACAAAUCAUCUACCAGCCAUCUGACAACGUUUGAUAACUUUGCUGGCAGCGUCGGAGCCCAGGGUGGGCCUGGUUCACCCGGCCGAGCUGGAUUUCCUGGUCCUGUUGGACCGAAAGGUGACAGAGGUGACCCUGGUCCACCAGGUUAUGGACUGAAGGGUGAAAAAGGGGAGGCCGGGUUUAUAAUUGGACCUGAUGGGAAUCCGUUGUAUCUGGGAGGACUAACUGGUCCUAAGGGAGAGCGAGGACCUCCUGGACCUGUUGGACCACCAGGUUUACAAGGGCCUCCUGGAAAUAAGGGUGAAUUUGGAAUGCCUGGAAGACCUGGUCGUCCAGGUGUGAACGGAUACAAGGGUGAAAAAGGAGAGCCAGGAGGAGGYUCAGGUUAUGGUUAUCCAGGAUUUCCAGGACCACCAGGACCACCAGGGCCACCUGGACCCCCUGGACCAGCUCUUCCUUUAGAUCGCUUUAAUCGCUACGAUGAAACACCCAGGACUUCUCAAGGGUCCAAAAGGAGACUCUAUAAUGGGCCCACCUGGACCCCAGGGACCUUCAGGGCCACCAGGGGUUGGUUAUGAUGGACGUCCUGGUCCUCAAGGACCACCUGGUCCACCUGGACCCCCUGGGUCUUCCACAUUUUCUGGAUCAUAUCAGCCUAAUUAUCCCGUCAGCGUCCCUGGACCUCCAGGCCCACCUGGUCCACCUGGAAGUCCUGGUCACUCAUCUGGAGUCACAGUUUUGAGAUCUUACGACACGAUGAUUGCUACAGCCAGGCAGCAGCAGGAAGGCAGUCUGAUAUACAUCUUAGACAACGCAGACCUUUAUCUGAGAGUGCGUGAUGGACUGCGACAAGUCAUGCUUGGAGAGUACAGUUCCUUAUUUGGAGGUUUGGGCAACGAGGUGGCAGAAGUCCAGCCUCCACCUGUGAUUUUGUACCCCCACAGCCCAGACCGACCUCACAACAACGGAGCAGGCCACUACUCAGAGAGCGGUUCUGUCAUCCGACCCAUUGAGCCCCCCCAGCAGCAUCCCAACCCCCCUGUGCCUGGUCCUGCUGUCCGCGUUGAGACUUCAGAGUCAGGACUGCACCUGGUGGCCUUGAACACACCUCAGACGGGCAACAUGCGAGGGAUUCGUGGAGCGGACUUCAUGUGCUUCCAGCAGGCCCGUGCUGUGGGACUGAAGGGAACCUUCAGAGCCUUCCUGUCCUCCAAGCUCCAGGACCUCUACACCAUCGUCCGCAGGCAGGACCGGAGCAGCUUCCCCAUCGUCAACCUCAAGAACCAAAAGCUGUUUGACAGCUGGGAGUCGAUCUUCAGUGAYGACAGCAGCAGAAUGAGAGAAAAUGUACCGAUUUACUCCUUCGAUGGCAGAGACAUCCUCAGGGACAGCGCGUGGCCGGAGAAAAUGAUCUGGCACGGGUCGAGCAGUAAGGGCCAUCGGCAAAUGGACCACUACUGUGAAACGUGGCGGGCAGGCGACCGCGCCGUGACCGGUUUGGCGUCCUCGCUGCAGAGCGGCCACCUCCUGCAGCAGACCCCCAGCAGCUGCUCCGGCUCUUACAUCGUCCUCUGCAUCGAGAACGCCUUCAUGUCCCCUUCCAAAAAAUAAACUCACCUUCAUGUUUUUGUUUGGUUUUUAUUGGUGCAUGCUCUGCGCCCUAGUUAAACUUUAAUUUUUAAAAAUUUUUUUAAUCCAAGCAGGCAUGUUUUUUUUWAAAUCCCCUUUAAUUUGAUGAAAACACAGCUUGUGAACAUGUGGCGUCCAAUGACCUGACCCUGAGGCGUUCCAGUUUGGACUCAUGAGAAACGCCAAAGAGGAGGGUCCAACAGAGGAGGGUCCGUCCUUCUCACAAACUCGGCACAUAUUUUCCUUUAAGGUGCAAAACAAAUAUUGUUCUGUAUAUUGAAUGUUUGUCCUCUGUGUUUCUUUUUUUAUGUUAUCAAUGGUUUGCCUUUUUGAACUGGUUUUAAAAACUUUUAGAUUUAUUUUCUUUGAUCUUUUUUUUUUUCAUUUUCAGCGUAAAAUUUGGAGUAAUGAUGGAGUUCAGCAAAAUCUUUAAGGACUGUUUUAAAA